CAGAUUUCUUCUGCUUCUGGUCUUCUGUCACCAGCCAGACAUUCAUGGCUUCUCCUAGGCUAGAAACCUACUGCUGCCCUAACCGGGAUGCAGCCACAGAGCUGAUUCUGACUUUCCAACCAGGGGUAUUCUGUGGUGUUUGCACUGGCAGCGCCUCAGUUAGUCUACUCCUUAGUAUCCUGCAGCUCCUCCCCAAACAGGGACAGAGCCCCCGGAAAAUGCCCAAAGCUUCCUCUUCCUCUACCAUCCUUCUCCUCAUCUCUGCUUGUGACAUCUUCGGUGGGCUAGGUAUUAUCUUCAGAUCAACAAUAUGGUUAAGCUUCCCAGACUUCAUAGCAAACAUCUCUGUGAUAAAUGGAACUGAUGUGUGGCCUACUGCUUUCUGCGUGGGGAGUGCGAUGUGGAUCCAGCUCUUAUACAGUGCUGGCUUCUGGUGGCUGUUUUGCUAUGCUGUAGAUUCCUAUUUGGUGGUUAGAAGAUCAGCAGGGCUCAGUACAAUUGUGUUGUAUCACAUGAUGGCCUGGGGCCUGGCAGUCCUGCUGUGUGUGGAGGGAAUUGCAAUGCUUUACUAUCCUUCAGUUGCUAGUUGUGAAAAUGGCCUGGAGCAUGCGAUUCCUCAUUAUAUCACUACCUAUGCUCCACUUCUGCUAGUUUUGGUUGCCAAUCCAAUCCUAUUUAGAAGGACAAUAACAGCAGUUGCCUCUUUACUGAAAGGAAGACAAGGAAUCUAUACAGAAAAUGAAAGACGCCUGGGAACGGAGAUUCAGAUCCGCUUUUUCAAAAUUAUGCUGGUGUUCGUUAUUUGCUGGUCAUCAAAUAUCAUCAAUGAGAUCCUUUUGUUCUACCUUGAAAUGCAGCCAGAUAUCAAUGGAAGCCACUUGAAAAAUGUUAGAAAUGCUGCACUGAUCACAUGGAUUAUAAUGGGGGUACUAAAUCCAAUGCAAAGCUUUCUCUUCACCUUAGCUUUCUAUGGCUGGACUGGAUGGAAACUAGACCUGAAGUGGCGGAAAAGAGAAAUUCCUUGGGAAUCACUGUCCACAUCAACUGUUGGUGAAAAUGCCUACCCCUCACCUAUCGGAUCCUCUGUUAAUUUUCAAAACAGCCUCCGUGACUCAAAGAAGACAACAAUAGCCAGCAGCCAUCAGAUUGAUGAGGCCUUAAGCAUGUUGUCUGAAGGUUCUGAUGAUAGCACAGUUGAAAUCCACAUCUCAAGUGAGCUACAUGACUUAGAUGGUAAUGAUGCUGAUGUUGAAUAACUGGAAAACUGGGAAAGGUAUAAGUUGGUGAGCUGGAGACGUGACAACAUUCUCAAGGCUUUGCCCCCUAAUUUUCCCUCCUUUAUGAUGCAUGUAUCUUCCCACUCUCACAUUCAAAUCCCAAUUUGAAUCUAUGACUCUAUAUGUAUUUACACAAGAUGGAGCAGUUCCAACAGAAGAGAAUGCAAGAGCGACAUCUCAGAAUAGGCAAGUUUAGGCCCCUCUACUAAGAGGUGGGAAAGUGGCAGAGCACGAACUUGAACUUAGGUCUUCUA